UGUCUACGGAAGCCGUGUGGGGUCAACCGCCUCUGGCUCUGCACUGUUUACUUGAUCCGUGGUGAUGUGAGGAUGAAGCGGCUAGCUGGCGUGGCUUUGGGGUGAAGGAGAUGAAGGGAAGGGUCGAUCAGAAGAGGUUUAUUAUCAUGAACCUCCGUCUGUUUGACACCGACAGCCGCCGCUGCUUCUCCCCUGUUCGCUGAAAAAACGGCUUUUACGCUGCGGCGGUAGCAUAGCAACAGGCUAACAGGCUAGGCUAACUAACGCUUUGGGUUUAUAUGCAGGGUAGGCUAUGCUAGGCUAAAAACAGCCAGGCUAGGCUAAUAGCAGCUAGGCUAGGCUAAUAGCAGCUAGGCUAGGCGAAGGGCUGCUGUUUGUGCGGAAUAAAGAUGGCCGCCUUUUCAAACUGCUCUUUCUUCGCUGCCGGUGCUGUUCUCUGAUCUCCUCCGCUUCCCUCUCGGUCGCCGCUCGGCGGACAGCCUCGCUUUCUAAGGGUCUAACGGCUCACAGUCUUCGCGGGCCCCGGGAUGGAGCCGGGCGACUUGCGAGAAAGCCCCGCUGGCUCUGGGGGCUCGGAUGUGGGGGACUGGAGGGAGGAGACCCCCGGCGGUGAUGAGGGGGAGGAUUCAGGGGUGAUUUCUAUCAAAACCAGCGGAACCAAAGCAGAAGCUGCGCUCAUUGACGGCAGCGAUGAAAGCGGCCAUGGAAGAGCCGCGGUGGAGCACCUCCACAGCCCCUAUGAGGAGGAGCUGGACCCCCGGAUUCAGGAGGAGUUGGAGCAGCUGAAUGAAGCCAGUGCAGAGAUCAACAGGCUGGAGCUGGAGCUGGAUGACGCCAGGUCUGCCUACAGGAAGAUCCUGACGGAGUCGGCCAGGAAGCUGAACGCUCAGAGCUCUCAGCUCGGCAGCUGCAUCGAAAAGGCCCGCCCGUACUACGAGGCCCGACGCCUGGCGAAGGAGGCCCAGCAGGAGACCCAGAAGGCGGCGCUGAGCUACGAGCGGGCCGUUUCUAUGCACACCGCUGCCAGGGAGAUGGUGUACGUGGCAGAGCAGGGCCUGAUGGCCGACGGGAAGAACACGCUGGAUCCCACCUGGCAGGAGAUGCUCAACCACGCCACCUCCAAGGUGAACGAAGCGGAGGAGGAACGCAUCCGCAGCGAGAGGGAGCACAUGCGGGUCACGCACGCCUGCCAGGAGGCGGAGGCUCGGGUCCAGACGCUGCAGAAGUCCCUGAAGAGGGUCAUCCUGAAGUCCAAACCCUACUUUGAGCUCAAGUCUCAGCUCAACCACAUCCUGGAGGAGCACAAAACCAAGGUUCUGCAGCUGGAACAGAACGUGUCCAAGGUGAAGACCCGCUACUCCAUCGCUCUGAGGAACCUGGAGGAGAUCAGCGAGGCCAUCCACGCUCAGAGGGGGGCCGACCCGGCCGAGGGGGGGCCGGCCUGCGCUGGGCGGAGCCCCCCUGUGGGAGCCGAGUCCGACAGCAGAGUUCAGGAGGGAGGCGUCGCCGCCGCGGCUGGGAGGGGCGGGCUGGAGCAGGCGGACCGGUACAAGGAGCGCGCCGGGUCGGACUCGCUGUCCGUCUUCAGCCUGCAGACCAUCGCCUCCGACCUGGAGAAGUACGACUCCGUGGAACAUCUGGGGAACCUCAGCGACGUGGGCAGCGUGACCGGGGACGAAGGCGACAAGGAGCGAACGGGGGGGGGCGCCAUGAGCAAACGGGACAGGCUGAUGGAGAGCAGAACCGGCGCCAAGGAGCGGCAGCAGAUCUUCUCCAAGCAGCACCACAGGAGCUUCAGCUUAUGAGCUCAGCCCAGAACCGGACCCAGGCGGUUCCAUCGGCGGGGGGGCGAGCUGAAACCCUGACCUGACUGACCCAGUUAGAGCAGAACCUUCCAGAACGCUUCUCUAGCAUGAAGGAGCAGAACUUUACACGCUUGUUUUAUUCCAGCGCAGCUGAUCUGAUGACCUCAGACGCCGUUUCCCCCGCAGCGGCGUCAGAGCCGAUCCGCUGUGAGAGAACCGGGUCACCCGGAGGAAAGGACACGGAGCACGCCUCGCUCUCCUGGCUCCCGCUGCAGGAGAGCGAGGCGUGUCUGAGUCCGGGACGCACUUCCAGCCAGUUAAUUUAAAAUCCUCAGAUUAGUUUUAUUUAAAUAUUGUUUACAUGUUUUUUUGUUUGCCUUAAACUGAAGCUCCUGUGGUGACUUGAUGUGUGCCUUCACACUUUCACUUUUCUUUCAUUUAAAAUAAAGCAGCUUGUAAAUGUUUGUAAUAAUUUAAGAUGGAGAAUAUUUAAAUGUUGAGUUUCUGACAGUUUAGAUGUUUAGAUCACCGUCUGGAUGUGACGCACUGCUUCCUGUCAUCUUCAUCAUCUUCAUCAUCAUCAAUAAACCCGAUCGUUACCUCCUGA